AUGGAACCACAAUUGCUAUCCCAAAAUGAAAAUUCCGACAGGGACUCAUAUUCAGAUAUGGACGAUAGUAAUGAGUUUAGAGUAGUUACUCUGAAUGUUUGGUGUUUGCCUCAACCAUGGCCCAUAGGAAGUAAAGAUAGAAGAUAUCGUCUCCAGAAGCUCUCGGAUCAUUUUAACAUUGAACCGUACGAUGUCAUUGGACUGCAAGAAAUUUGGGGAGCAGAAGAUUAUAACUUUUUGGUUGAAAAACUUUCCGAUGUAUAUCCAUAUCAUCACUACUUCCAUUCCGGUUGGACUGGUAGUGGAGUUUGUGUUUUCAGUCGACACAAAAUCGUUUCAACUCUGACGCACAGAUAUUCUCUCAAUGGUUUUGCUCACCAUAUUCACCGCGGGGAUUGGUUUGGCGGAAAAAUUAUAGGAAUGGUCGAGUUGGAGUAUAAGGAAAAACGAAUCAAUUUUUACACAACUCACUUACAUGCUGAGUAUGAUAGAGAGAAUGAUCUAUAUCUUCCUCAUAGAACUUCACAAGCUUUCGAACUUAGUCAGUUUGUGCGUCAUACAUGCAGUGGAGCCGACAUGACUGUUGUCUGUGGAGACUUCAAUUUGGAGCCCGAAGAUCUCGGUUUUCGAAUUAUAUUAUCACAAGCCAAGUUACGCGACGCUUGGAGGAUGUCUCAUGAGCCGUUGCCAGACGAUGAAUGCCACUCUCUGACAAGUUGUCGCGGAAUACCCAAAGGAGGAACUUGCGAUCGCCCGGAUAAUUGUUAUACUAGUCUUCUACUGAGAGACAAGGAUGAAAGUAAGAGAAUCGAUUAUAUCCUUUUCAAAAGUGGUAAAACUAACGUCACUUUGGAGGAGUGUGAAAUCACCCUGAAUAAGAUUCCCAGCGAGACUAUAAACUAUUCUGAUCAUGUCGGACUGCAUGCGCGAUUCACUUUCAAAGAAGAAAUCAGACAACAAUCUAUCUCAUGGGAGCCAAAUCGACCUCUUUUGAUAGAAGCUAUCGGCAUCGUUGCAGGUGGACAAAGAAGGGCUAGAAAGGAUAGAAUGAUUUUCGGAUUCGCAGCUCUGUUACUUGUACUCCUCUUGUUGAUAACUCUGUUGUUAGAUGAUUUGAGCUGGUACUUGAGCAUAGUUUUUGCUUUUGUCAAAUUUGGAAUCACAGUUGCUGCUGUCUUUUGUGCUUGGCACGGGGUUAUUGGACUGACACUAGAAAGAAAAGCGUUGAAAGCGUCCAAACAGUCUAUGGAACAACAGCUGAACGAUUAA